AUGGGGUCCAGAAAUGAGGCACCGAAUUGGGCGGAUCAGUGGGGCGCAAGUGGGGGCGAUGAGGCCAAGGCCAAAGGCGGGGGGAAGAAGAUGGCCAAUGUGAAGGCCGUGGCUUGGGCGAGCCUGGACAAGGCCAAGGCUGCGGCGACCGUGGGAGCGCAGAAGGUCAAGAGCGGGGCCAGCAUGGGCAUCAAGUGGGUCAAGACGCAGUACCAGAAGCGGACCUCCAAGUGACUUGCAAGCUAUCAGCAGCGUGGAUGCCUUCCAAGUUUGUUUAGGAAAAGCUUGAUCUGGAUUUCUUAUUCCAUUUAAGAUUUGAUGCUGAUUUCUGAAACCUUCUUGUUUAAUUAGUUCUUAACGCUGGCUCCCGUGAUGCUUUUUUGACCAAAAUGUUUUGAAUUAAUGCUGGUUUUAAAAUCAAGAAAAAACCCUACUUCUUGCAUGCA